AGUUAUAGCACUCAUCUCGACUGUGGCGCUGGCAUGCCGCAGUGUUGGUCAACUCGAUAAAGGCCGAUUUUCGUAGUGACUGUACUAUUGAGAAUGCGUUAAGAUGCCCAAAUGCUGUGUUCCUAUCUGCCCAAAUCACACGGAUCGAGCGGUUGUGCCUGGAAGAUCGUGGCAUAGACUGCCCUUACGUAAACCUGAUUUGCUGCGUGUAUGGCUUUCGCAGAUCGGAAGAGAAAAAAAUUGGAUACCCACGGUUAGUAAAGUCAUCUGCUCGGAUCACUUUGAGGAAAGAUGCUUUGACAGAACGGGGCAAACUACAAGGCUCCGGGAAUAUGUAGUUCCAACAAUUUUCAGGUGCGGUAGUUACCGAGCAUCAUCGGCAGUAGCGCCUUCUGCAGGUCCCCGGUCUGAAGAAAAAGAGUCUGAGAAGAAACAGAAAUCCAAGGAGGAAAAACAAUCUGAGGAUGAAGAGCAAUCUAGGGAGAAAAAACAAACUGAGGAGAAGAGGCAAAGUAAGGAGGAAAAGCCGGCUAAGGAGGAAAGGCGUACUAGAAAUAAGAAGAAAAAAGAGAUGAUUGUGAAACUUCCUGUCAGAGUAAGAACCAGGAAGAAGCGGAAAUCUCCACCUGCAUCAGAUAGUGAAGCAGACUGUACAUCACAUGACCAUGACUACAUUGGAAAAGGCGGAACUAAUCAAAGUCUGCCGCCAUCGUAUAGGGAUGAUAGACGCCGUCCACCUAGAAAAACACGUAGAUAUAAACGACCUCCCACCUUGUUGCAAGCGCUAAGCCUGUUGGCUAGCGGGAACUUUUUUUCACAUUCUACUGGUCAAGAUGAUGCACCAAGUGAUGAGGAAGAUAGCAACCCAAGUAGUGCUGUUGCUGGGGAACCUGAAGCAGGCAGCACUGAAAGGUCACAGCUUCCGCAACCUGCAAGUGAAGCUCGUACAGAGUACAAUCCCAGAAGCCAGAAACAGGAUGGAAGAGUGAAGCGUUCUAAACCUGUGAAAGAUAAGGUGCAGCCAGUCCAGGUUGAAGCAGGCAGCACUGAAAGGUCACAGCUUCCGCAACCUGCAAGUGAAGCUCGUACAGAGUACAAUCCCAGAAGCCAGAAACAGGAUGGAAGAGUGAAGCGUUCUAAACCUGUGAAAGAUAAGGUGCAGCCAGUCCAGGUUGAAGCAGGCAGCACUGAAAGGUCACAGCUUCCGCAACCUGCAAGUGAAGCUCGUACAGAGUACAAUCUCAGAAGCCAGAAACAGGAUGGAAGAGUGAAGCGUUCUAAACCUGUGAAAGAUAAGGUGCAGCCAGUCCAGGUUGGUAAAACGGGGACAAUGUCCAAUAGUGAACUCCCGGAUGAAGACACCGAUAUGGUGACAUUACCUGAUGGACAAGGCUUUAUCAAAGAUGGUUUCUUCCACUCUAAACAUCCGUCGCUGACUCCCGACCCCAUCGCCAUUGGUGAAAGAAGAAGGAUGGUAAAAAGCAAAGAACACGAUCAUUCCUACAGUAUCGCUGAUAACCCUGUGGUGCUGAAGCAUCGGAUGGAUACUAGCUGCGCUAGGUUGGCUGACCUUCAGAGGCGGUUGAAGACCAACCAGCAACGCAAUAGGAGAUUAGAGGGAAGAGUCAAGACUCUGAGCAAGGAGGUUGAGGGACUCAGGCACAAAGAUGUUGUCAUCAAGGAUACCCUAAAGUUUCUGAAAUCUCUCGAUUAUAGACCCUCACCUGACACAUGAUGAUGAUUAAUGCAGAUGGGUAUUGUCAUUGGUUCAUUUUCUUUUGAAAUUUGUUUAUUAUUCUCUGUGAUAAAAUCCAUUCACCUUAUGAAAGCAUAUUGAAUUCUAAAGGGGGAUUUGGUUAUUAAAUUAUUUUUUUUUAAUAUAUAGAAUACAGAAUAAAACAAGAAAGAUCAAUAAGGUGUUUGCAAAAAAAACAAAAAAACAUUUGUAUUCAGUUUUACUUUUGAAGCAUCACUGGCAAGCUGUUCUAGUAUACUGUGAAUGAAUAAUAUAAAAUGCAAUUUUUUCUAGAAGCCUAAAAUAGCUAUCAAACUGGUCCAAGUAUACAUGCAUUAUCAGACAAACUUAGACGUGUAUUUGUUACUAGUGUUAAAAUAUAAACAUUAAAUAUAGUCAACUCUGCAUAUGUUGACCUACUUUCAAGUUGAAUAUUUCGAGAUCAGAUCUUUUAAGCCAUAUGUUAUUUUCUUUUAUUUUAGUCAAGCCGGGGGCGGAUCCUGGAUUUUCCAAAAGGGGGGGGGGCACAUUUUCUGAGGAAAAGUUUGACAAGCAAAAAAAAAAGGUCUUCACUUUCAAAAGGGGUGGGGGGUGGGGCACACUUCUCUUUUAACGGCAUUUUUUACAUAAAAAUUUUUAAUUGUGCCUCUCAAAAGGGGGCACGGGCCAGCUUUGCCCCCCUGGAUCCGCCAGUGGUCAAACAUCUCUCUGUUGUCCCAAGGUAUUUGACUCGAGUUUGCCUCGAUAUGGUAAUAGAUGAUACAACAUAUAUCUAACCCUUCAGUUAUGGGGAGGGGUCAUAUUGAAACUCCCAUCUUGACAAACUUUGUGACUUCACUGCUGCAUGACUCCUUUUGGCCAAGCUGCUUGCUUACUUUUAACUUUCUGGUCUUGCGGAUUUUUGAUAUUAUUUUCACAAUGCCCGGGUAUGCGGUUGGAAAAUUAUGCAACAUUAUGCAACAUUGAAAUUGAGCAUGACCCCAAAUUGCUCCAAAACAUGAUUUUAUGUAGAAAGUCAAUACAAACAGAGUUUUUUCAUCUUAUGUUUACUUUUAUCAGUUGAAAUAAUGACGCUUCUAAAAGGUUCUGCAAUAUAUGCUGCCCCAAAAACCAAAAAAAAGGUUGAAAAACAAAGAAAUGCAUAAGAAAUUAAUGAGACAAUAAAAUACAUAAGAAACUGUUUUUGAAAACGAAAUUUUAUUCUGACAAUUGUUAGGAAUGCUACAAAGAAUAUUUACACCAGAAAUUAGCAUUCUAGUACCUUAAUUUAGUGAAAAUGUAUGAUUUAUGCAUCAAUUACAGUAGCAUAAUAAAUUCAUAAUAAAAAUUAUAUUAGUUCGAAAAAAUUAACCAUGCAGCCUUGUAGAUUACAUCACACACUACUACUGUGCCAAUUUUUGCAGCGGCUAAAAUCACCCCCCCCCCCCCCCCCCGUUGGUGUUCAGAUAAAAAAAAAAUUAUGUCAAAUAAGGAAUCAAUAAAAAGGAGUAAUUAGCCUUACGUCUUUGACCCCCCCCCCCCAUACAGACAAGUAGUGUGUGUAACAGUACAUCGAAUAUCAAUAAGCAAAACCUACACUGUAUGGUCAGUGACGUCACACAAUGCAUCUUAAUGGAUUCAUGAAACUGGAUAUGACGAGAUUGUUUUUAUGUAGACACGGUUAAAAAGCUGAAACGGGUCAAAGACUGUUUUCCAUUUGGGCCUUGUAGAACAUGAUACAAUUGAAAUAAUAAACAUUAAAACAGUGUUUAACAAACAGUAUAAAAUCAACAAUUAUGUUGACAUGAACAGAUGUAUCAAUAGAAUAUUAUAAAGGGAUCAUAGAAAGAUGAGGAGGCGGAGAAGAAGAAGGAGGAGGGACGGGGAGGAGAAGAAGAUACCGUUUACAAAGACAUCAAUAAUAUACAAAAUGAAAUAUGGUUGCAUAUCUAUCACAAUAAUCAAGACCAAAAUCUGACAACAGAAUGUGAAAGGUUAAGUAACAGAGGGCAAAUGGAAAUUUUGUAUAAAAACUAAAGAAAUAUACUGGGGUAAACAAAAAAAUAAGAUAUAUGUUGUCUUUUGAUUGUGGCAAUUAAAACUUGACCCAGACGAAUAAUUCGAACAAAGCGGUGCAUAAAUAGGUGAAAGUAUUAAUGUGAACAUAAAACAAAAACUAUUGUCCUUGCAUGAACAUUUGUCACACUUCUAUUAAUUUGUUUUUUUUAUUUUUCUGAUUAUGUUACCAACUGGUUUGUUUAGAAAAAAGUUGACAAGCAAAAAAAAAAAUGAAGAGAGAAAAAAAGUUUUCACUCAAGCAUGAAGGUGCCUUUUGUCACAAAUUUAACAAGAAAAAAAAAAGGUUCCCUUUUCCUGCAUUCCCGCUUCCCAGGGCCAUGAGAGGAAAGGGAGAGGUGGGGUUAAAGUUCAAGAGUUGCUUUGAUAAUAUUCAUUGAAAUAUUUUUCCUAAGAAGAUAUCUCUUCUAUUGCAUUUAAAUGCUGUAUUGUGUAUGUGUUUGUAUUUGUUUUGUUUUUCUCUCAUUUUACUUUUAAUUUGUUAUAUUUGUUUCAUUAUUCUUUCAUUAAAUAUAUUCAAAAUGA